AUGGUAAACCAGAGGCGCUGAAAUGUGAGGCGCCGGUGUUCACGUCGACUUUGUCACUCUGCUGUGCCUCGCGGGCCCGAACACCACCUAGAUAGCACAAGGCCUGCUCACUCCGAUCUGUGACGUCACGUUACUUGGCCCGACUGUAAUAGAAUCUAAUGGGGAUGCUCCCGAGUAGGCCGCGGUGACUUUGACGUCACCUCUUUCGUCCCGCCUGCCUUGGAAAUGGAAAUUUCGGGCCAGGUAACAUGACGUCAUGCAUUGGGAGUGUACAGGCCGCGGGCUAUCUUGGUGGUGUUGGCCCGAACCGCCCGAUGCUCGGUGCGACGUAGGCGCUUUCUGUGUUGCUCGGCCGCGCCGUCGCCAGCCUAACGUGGCCGAUUUAUUUCCGAUUCACGAACGAGCUCGACCGCACGAGCCGACGGACUCGCCCGCCAUGAGAGAGUUAGUGAGGCCCACCAGGGGAGAUGCGGGCGCUGGAAUCGUUUGGACGUGCAAAGUUGGAUCACGUGAUCCCGCCUUGUACCGACCGUUGCUCUGACGAAGGGAAGCGGGCUGUUGGAAAGCGGCAAGUUGUUUUUUUAUCGACUUUCAGUUCCGUUAGUUUAUUUCAUUAUUUCAACUGUUAAGUAAUUGGUGUCUUUGCUGGAUUCUUAUGGUGUGAUCAAUAAAAAUAGGGCCCCUGGGUUAACACCCUUUCUUCUCGUUCAUUACAUAACGAGGGUCUCGAAUUCGGGAACACCGAUGCCUUAAGGUAGCACGCGUGGGUUUAUUGACCAGUUCCCUUCACCCGACUAGAUCGCGUUCUCGUGAGACCUGAGGCAGAAAGGAUGUUCCACAUCUGCCGCCAAGGUUUGUGAAUGGUCGCGCUGGCUAACACUCCCAAGGUUAGUUCUAGUAGUAACACAUAAAUACCCCAGAAAAUGGAUGGGUAGCCGGCGCCGGCGGUAGCUCAUUUGGUAGAGCAUCGCACACGUAAUGCGAACACGUGGGAUCGUUCCGCCGCCUGUGCGGCAAGUUUUUUCAUCCACUUUCAUUAAUUUACAGUUUAGUGCUUAAAAGUAAUUUCUACUGCUUUGUCCUGGGUGUCCGUUCGUUUUCUUCUUAUGAUAUGCUAUUGAAUUAGUAGUUCGUGCUGCUAAGCGCGCAGUGAUUGAAAUUCGUCUCGUUCUUUCAGGAAUACGCUGUGCCGUUUGGGAUGUCGGUGUUCUGGCAUCGUACUCUACAUAGCGAGCAUGGUAGGAAUUCGCUGUGCAGUUCUGGAUGCCCGAGGAAACCGUCUACAGAAUUUCAAGAAUGGAAUCCGAAAGUCCAUUGCCACCAGCAAUAUUAAGGCUUCAUGUAAACCUGGCUUGGAAAUCAAUGGUGCCUUCUACAGCCAUGGAUUUCCUGUCAUCGGACGACUAUCGGAAUCUGCUGCACGGUUUUGGAUGUCAGAGGACUGUACACCAAGCGACGCAGGGAUAAUCAUCGAGCUGUGGCAGUUGUUCCUGUGCAUCGGUUGGGGACUCAUCGCUACUUCUCUGCUGUCAACAUUGGAAGUCACUGGGCGGUUUUGGAUGUCCGACUUUGAUGACAGCGUUUCUCGGUAACACCGACGUUGCCCUCCUUGUACGGAUUGUAUACGUCGGUGGAAGCGGGCCCGUCGGUCGCGUGCUUCGAAGGUGCGCAGUCAUUUGCUCGUCAGCGAGGG